CUGAUUUCUCUCUCUCCCCCCCUCUCUCUCUCUCUCUCUCUCUCCAUAUUUUCUUCCGUUGAAACAUCUCUCCCUCACUCGCUCGAUUACGUAGACACGUCAUUGCCUAGUGAAAUCAUCAGUUUUUUUUUAGUUUUUUUUUUUUUUUUUUGGUUUGUUUGUUUGCGUUUUCCGAUCGCCGCAAUCUCGCUGGGAAGUCCUGCAUGCUGGAGAGGCUGGAGGUUAUUAAUUUCAUGACUGAUCGAACCAACAAUUUGAACACUGUUUUCUAUGAUCGGUCAGUUCUUUAUUGAUUAAGUUACAAAUUCAGUUACCAGUUAUGGCGUCUAGAUCUUCUUCAAAUGUCUUGGACCUGGCCUCUGAAGAAAUACUCGAUGUCCCUCAAACUCCUAGAUCUCUUCCUCGACUGAUGACUGUUCCAGGAAUCAUCUCUGAUGGUGACUCAGACAGUAUGUCAUCCACUUGUCAAGAACGAAAAAUCAUAGUGGCAAAUAUGCUGCCUUUGCAUGCACAAAGGGAUGAAGGAACUUCAAAAUGGUGUUUUAGUUUAGAUGAAGAUUCACUUCUCUUGCAAUUAAAGGAUGGGUUUUCUCCUGAAUCUGAGGUCAUAUAUGUUGGUUCCCUCAAGGUUGACAUAGAUGCUAGUGAACAAGAGGAAGUGGCACAGAGACUACUGGAUGAGUUCAAGUGUGUACCAACUUUUAUACCCCCUGACAUCCAUAAAAACUUCUAUUAUGGUUUCUGUAAGCAACAACUGUGGCCUCUUUUCCAUUACAUGCUACCCAUGUGCCCAGACCAUGCAGAUCGAUUUGAUCGUCAUCUUUGGCAGGCGUAUGUAUCUGCCAACAAAUUGUUUGCUGAUAAAGUUAUGGAAGUAGUUAACCCCGAGGAUGAUUAUAUCUGGGUUCAUGAUUAUCACCUUAUGGUUCUCCCAACAUUUCUGCGGAAGCGUUACCAUCGUGUCAAGCUAGGGUUCUUUCUACACAGCCCAUUUCCUUCAUCAGAAAUAUACCGAACUUUGCCAGUUAGGGAUGAAAUUCUAAAAGGAUUGCUUAACUGUGAUCUAAUCGGUUUUCAUACUUUUGAUUAUGCCCGCCAUUUUCUGUCUUGCUGCAGUAGAAUGUUAGGCCUGGACUAUGAAUCCAGACGAGGACACAUUGGACUUGAUUACUUUGGUCGCACUGUCUAUGUAAAAAUUAUGCCUGUAGGUGUACAUAUGGGCAGACUGGUGUCUAUGUUAAAUCUUUCCUCCACAUUUGACAAGGUCAAAGAAGUUCAAGAGCAGUUUAAAGGGAAAAUAGUCAUUCUUGGUGUUGAUGAUAUGGACAUAUUUAAAGGUAUCAGUCUGAAAAUGCUAUCAUUUGAACUACUAUUGCAACAACGUCCAGAGCUGCAAGGUAAGAUUGUUCUUGUCCAAAUUGUGAAUCCUGCUCGGGGCUCUGGGAAAGAUGUUCAGGAAGCAAAGAGGGAGACAUAUUUAACUGUUAGAAGAGUCAAUCAACGUUAUGGUUCCCCUGGCUAUGAGCCUGUAAUCUUGAUUGAUCGACCUGUUGCUCACUAUGAGAAGGCUGCCUAUUAUGCUGUUGCUGAAUGUUGCAUAGUUAAUGCAGUGAGGGAUGGGAUGAACUUGGUACCUUACAAGUAUAUUGUCUGCAGGCAGGGCUCACCUGGUAUGGAUGAGGCCAUGGGAAUUGAAACUGAUUCUCCUCGGACUAGCAUGCUUGUUGUGUCAGAGUUUAUUGGCUGUUCACCAUCUUUGAGUGGAGCAAUUAGGGUGAACCCAUGGGAUAUAGAAGCUGUGGCAGAGGCACUUGAUGUUGCCAUCACCAUGACUGAUUCUGAGAAGCGACUGCGUCACGAAAAACACUACCGGUAUGUUAGCUCACAUGACGUUGCAUAUUGGGCCCGCAGCUUUGUGCAGGACCUGGAAAGGGCCACUCAGGAUCAUUAUAAUAAGCGUUGCUGGGGUAUUGGCUUGGGCCUUGGUUUCAAAGUCAUUUCACUUUCUCCAAGUUUUAGAAAGUUGUCAAUCGAACACAUAGUUUCAUCAUACAGAAGGACAAACAGGAGGGUGAUAUUCUUGGACUAUGAUGGUACUAUCGUACCGGAAUCAACUAUUGUUAAAUCUCCUAGUGUAGAAGUUAUAACAUUCCUGAAUGCUCUGUCCAAUGAUCCCAAGAACACGGUGUUCAUUGUUAGCGGCAGAGGAAGAAAUCAAUUGAAUGAAUGGCUAGCACCAUGUGAGAGGGUUGGACUAGCUGCUGAACAUGGUUACUUUAUAAGGUGGAGUAAAGCAUCCAACUGGGAAUGCAUGGAUGCUGAUAUUCAAUGGAAAGGAAUUGUUGAGCCUGUAAUGAAACAAUAUACCGAUGCAACUGACGGCUCUUUUAUCGAAACUAAAGAGACCGCCUUGGUUUGGCACCACCAGGAUGCAGACCCCGACUUCGGCUCUUGCCAGGCGAAGGAAAUGCUUGAUCAUUUGGAAAAUGUUCUUGCAAAUGAACCUGCUGUCGUUAAGAGAGGCCAGCAUAUCGUCGAAGUCAAACCACAAGGAGUGACCAAAGGGUUAGUUGCGGAGAAGGUUCUAUCAGCAAUGGUGAAGAGUGGGAAGCCACCAGAUUUUGUGAUGUGCGUGGGAGACGAUAGAUCAGACGAGGACAUGUUCGAGAGCAUAGUGAACUGUGUUUCCAGUCUGUCGCUCAAACUUGCUCCCGAAAUCUUUGCUUGCACGGUGGGACAAAAACCAAGCAGAGCCAGGUAUUACCUCGACGACACAGCUGACGUGGUGAGGAUGCUGCGAGGGCUUGCCAAUGUAUCAAGUCCAAAGCCAAUGCAGAGUGUCCAAUUCCAAGUGGCUUUUGACAGCGUUGUAUGAGGGGUUUAGGUUGGAGUUUUGGGGCGCCCAGAGGAUCAAAAGGUCAGAUGUACAUUCUUUCCGUUUUUGGGGUUUUAUGUGGGUGAGAAACAACACAACUUCUAUCGUCAAUCUUCUUUACAUUACUCUUAUUUA